CUUUAACAUUAUACACAGUAAUAACUUGCCAUAAAUUAAUAUCCACUAACAAAUGUGCUGCACAAAUAAAUAUAUUCAAUCAUAUAUUUCAAGAGUUCAUUUCGCUUUGGUUUUCGUUGUUUGUUCUAAAGUUUUUUUACUGUUUUUUAGAUGUGGUUGGUAAAUAAGUUGGUGAAUAAGUUAAGAAUUUAAUAUAAGGCUUACAGUAUUUCUGACAUACCCCCUUGAACACCUUAGGCCUUCAACACCACCCACAGGCUGUUACCCAACUUUGACACACCCCAGGCUCCCACCCAACUUUGACACACCCUCUACCAUGAACGUAUUCCGAAUCAUUGCGGAUUAUUCACAUGUCCUCGCCAUCAUUGGUUUGUUGGUGAAUAUAGUUCGGACAAAAUCAUGUGAAGGUGUUUCCGGCAAAACUCAGGCGUUAUAUUUUGUUGUGUUUGUGACGAGAUACACGGACCUGUUUACUUCAUUAACAUGGUAUCUUACUAUAUUCAAGGCUGUGUUCCUUGUUUUAACUUUCUCCACAUUAGUUUUGAUCUACCAUACUUACAAGAAAACUUACGACAAGAAUAUUGAUACUUUCCAAGUUUUAAUCGUUGUCCUCCCUUCGAUUGCUUGUGGUGUGAUCUUUAGUGCCGAAAGAACUUCAAUACAAGAGGAUUUGUGGACGUUCAGUAUUUUCCUUGAGAGUGUUGCAAUAUUACCCCAGCUAUACAUGAUUUAUCAAACUGGUGAAGCUAAAACCAUCACGGUGCAUUAUUUGCUACCAUUGGGUUUAUACCGUGCACUCUACAUUGCAAACUGGGUAUGGCGAUAUUACUAUGAGAGAUAUUUUGAUCCAGUGGCGAUUGUAUGCGGAUGUAUUCAAACCAUGUUUUAUAUUUUGUUUGUUACGAUGCCUGUGUUUUGGUCGGGCACUAAAGUUGAGAUUUAGCGUUGUGCGCUGUGUUGGUAUAUGCAUAGUUAUAUAAUACAGUGCUCUUUUAUUUUCAAACUUUGAUAAUCACUCCUUUUUAAACCUUGAUUAUCGUAUACUAAUUUAGCGUGAAAUAAUAACUCUCCUAAAUCAAAGAACUUUUUUUUAAAAUGAGGUUCAUUGCCCCAUCAUAAAGUUGUGGGAAAAAAUGAUUUAUAAUUUUAACAUAACACAAUACUAACUACUUUGGCGUUUUAGGUUACUUGCCUUUGCAAAUGUCUUGGUUUUUUAAAGAUAUUUAUUUGUAACCCCUUAGUGUCUUCUGCUGUCCGGGGUGUUUUUAAUUAAUUACAUAUUCAUGUAAAACCAUGCAAACCACCUGCUUAUUCUGCUAUGUAGAUUGGUUUUUGUACAACUUUUUUAUAUUUGGACAAAGUUUUGUAGAAACUUUGAGGAAUGGGUUGUUGGAUUGUUGCAGUUUUGAAUUUAUUGUGUUAUUUAAUUCAAUAUUACGGCGUUGGUAUAUUAAAAAUUGUUUUUAUUUAAAA